AUGGAAGGGGAGAGAGGGUUUCAACCCAAUUAUGAUCAGCUUCAAACUUCCUUUUCUGCCGCUCCUCCUCCUUCUCAUCAUCAUCCUCUACAUCAUGAAAUGGGGUUUAUACAGUUCGAAGAUCAGAAUCAGAUGAUGAGCUUUUUGGUACCCUCGCAAUCUUCUCAAAUAUCUCAGCCUCUAGACGGCGGUGGUGGCAGCGGCCACCCCAUUAAGACAACCAGCACCACCAGCAAUAGAGUUUUUAUAGGAUUAGACAAUAAUGAACUUCUGAACUCUAGACCCUCAUGGAAUAACGACCAGGUAGGAACACUAGAUCUCAAGGCUGUUAAUGAUGAGAACUGCAGUGGUAACGCCAACGAGGGUGGCAAUUCAUGGUGGAAGAGCCCAUCUUCAGAUAAUAAUGGCAAGGUCAAAGUGAGGAGAAAGCUAAGAGAGCCCAGAUUCUGUUUUCAGACGAGGAGUGACGUGGAUGUACUUGAUGAUGGUUACAAAUGGAGAAAAUAUGGUCAGAAGGUUGUCAAGAACAGCCUUCAUCCAAGGAGUUACUACAGAUGUACUCAUAGCAAUUGUCGAGUCAAGAAAAGGGUCGAAAGGCUUUCAGAGGAUCGUCGGAUGGUAAUAACAACGUAUGAAGGUAGACAUAACCAUUCCCCUUGCGACGAUUCAAAUUCCUCCGAUCACGAGUGUUUCACCUCAUUCUAG